AGUCCCUUUGGCUCAAGCUGUAAUGGCUUUGGAGGAGGCUGAUGGUGCUGAGGGCUGUCUGUAUGACCCAUACCAGGACAUUAGUGAAGACCUUGGAGAUUUGACAGAGGCUACCGAGGCUGCCGAGGUGACUGAGGCUGCCAAGCCGACCAAGGCUGCCUUGGUGGACGGGGCUAGCAAAGUUGAGCCAGAGAAGAGUAGAAUAGAAGAUGAAGUAGAUUGGGGCACUGAAGAAGAAAGUGAGGCCGGGCAUGGUGAUACUAAUGGUGAUGCGCAUGGCACCGACGACCCGAAGGAUCCAAGCGCGUCUAUGGAAGCGACGAGCGCCGAUGCUCAGCAGGCCGACAAGGCUAAGGAAGGUGACUUGGCUUCCAACGCAGAGGCGUCAAACCAAAGCGCUUCUGAUGAUGAUGACUGUCAAAUAGUUUCCGUUGAGCCUGCCCCCAAGCCACCGCAAGGGAAUGAAAAGGGUGGAAAGGGCAAGUGGAAAGCAGCUCCAAAAGCCAAAGGGUUUUCAAAGGGCAAAGUGAACAAAGGAAAAGGCUCCUGGAAUGCCAAACCAAGCGGCCGAGGGCGUGGUUGGCUUAGCUGGCUGGAACAUGGCAAGUCUCCAGAAGCCAAACCAACAAGUUCAAAAGAUUGGGUGAACGAGCCCAAACCACCGCCGAAGGCACCGCCCAAGGCACCGCCCAAGGCACCGCCCAAGGCACCGCCGAAGGCUGCACCAAAGAAGGAGCCUGCACCAAUGAAGGCUGCACCAAUGCCUCCACGACAGGUUUCCGUGGAGGCUCUGCUGCAAGAACAGGUUCGGCAGCAGCUCCUAUCGGAGCCUGGAAAGCGGGCCUCGAUGAGAAGGCUGCUCACACAGGGCAAGGUGCCCAAACUCCUGCGUCACCUUAGCCAAAAGCGGAAUACACCAGUGGCUCAAUUGCCUGAAGAACUCUGCAGUAUACUGCGGCAACUGCCGACAGCAUUCCAAGUCUCAGAUGCCGCUGAAGCCACAUCGGUGCAGGAUAUCCGGGUGAGCGUGACUAGCGCGGGAGAGACUGAACAAAUUGUGGAGCAGAAAAACUUUGAGGCAGUUUGGUCCACUCUGGAGGGCGGAGGGGCAGAAGGAGCUUCCAAACCAGGAAUGGCCGCACCGGUGCCUCCACAACCUCCAAAACCUUUCGAGCCGAAAAAGGGCCCUCUCAAGCCAUACAAGCCAUACACGCCUGUGGGUAAAAAAGGCACAGGUGCCACAUUUGGCACAAGUGGUGCCGCCAGCACAAGGCAGGCUGUAGUACAACAGACCUUGCAGCAGCUGCAGGAGUUAGACAAUCAAAAGCUCAACACAGAGCGCGCAGAGCGGCAUGUGGACGGGCCACACCCUCCAGAUCACCCUCCUCCAGGCUACAAAGAGAGCAAGGCCGCAGAUUGGAAGCAGUUCACUCCUACCAUCAAACGCAUUCCGGCCCCACGCAGGGCCGGUUCCAGUGGCAGCUUGGAGAAUGGUUCAGGCCAGCCAGAAGCUGCAGUGAACAUGAACAUGUCUGUUCCAGUCCCCCGUCCGCCUCCCAUGCCCCCGUCGGUGCCUCCUUCUGGCUUCACAUCAAGGCCUGGUUCACCUCAAGUGCCGAAUGGGCCACAAGCCGUUGACAACGAGGGGAGGCCCUAUGACUUGGACAGGGUAGUGGUGAACUUUGCCAACGUGGGGGCCACUUACGGGGAUCGAGUCCUGAAGCGAGUCAAGGGAAAAGAUUAUCUCUUUGACUAUGAAGGGGUGAGAAGAUGUGUGUCGCACCUGACUCAAAAACUGGGCCUUCGAGUGAUUGGAGUCAUUUUUGAAAACUUUCACGGUGCUGAGAAUGGUCGGGAAGUGAACCAGGUGCCGGGAGACAUCUCAGCCAUGUGUGAAAGUAUUGAGCUGACUCCACGGCUAUUGGGCCACCGGCACAAGUGUGCAGAUGAUGAGAUGACCAUCAAAUGCGCCUAUCGCCGAAAUUGCCGCUUCCUCGACAACGACAACUACCAGGAUUGGCGAAGCAACUUAGCUGAUGGAGCAGUGCGAGCCUGGCUCUUGCAUUGCCAAGAGUUUCUACAGAUGAAGUUCUACUUUGACUCGGGCCUGGGCGAGUUUGACGUUCUGGAGGGGAACAUUCCAGCAGCAAGGCUCGCCCAAGGACCUUCACGUCCCACACAGGGCCCCUCGAAACGCAUGUGCACAAGACCGUGGAGGCAGCAAUGAAAAAGGUGCGGUUUCGGGCGGUGGACCGUGGAGGUUGCAUUGUCACUUGGAAUGACGCAUUGAGCACGUCAAGAACAA